CGCACGCACAUUGUCCGGGCGGCGGCGGCGGCACGGAGCGCCCCGGCGCCCGGUGCCAAUGCGGGGCGGGCGCGGCACGCCGGGGGAGCCUCCGCCACCGCGGUGGAAACUUCACCUCGCCGCCGGUCCGACGCACGGCUGAGCGCGGCGGGAAGCCCCGGGCGGUGGAGGGGCGGGGGGGGGAUCGCUCGAUUCGGUGGUCGAGUUUGUUUUUUUUUUCCCCCGGAGAGGAGGGAAAAAAAAACCAACAACCCAAACCCAAACCAAACGCAAAACAGCGCUAUUCCACCGCAAACUUCCGCCGCCCUCCGCAGGACGCGCAUCCCGCCCGGGGGGACUUGAGCCAUCCCCAGAGCCGAGGACCCUAUUUCUCUGCAGGGCCAGUUAGCCAUCCAAAGGGUGGUGGUGCUCCUGGAGGCCCUGAGCUGGGGUCAGCUGGAAGAUGACCGAGUACAAGCUGGUAGUAGUGGGAGCUGGAGGCGUUGGGAAGAGCGCUUUGACAAUACAGCUCAUUCAGAAUCAUUUUGUUGAUGAGUACGACCCCACAAUAGAGGAUUCCUACAGAAAGCAAGUCGUCAUCGAUGGAGAGACCUGUUUGCUGGACAUCCUGGAUACAGCAGGACAAGAGGAGUACAGUGCCAUGCGAGACCAGUACAUGAGAACGGGGGAAGGAUUCCUGUGCGUCUUUGCCAUUAACAACACCAAGUCCUUUGAGGACAUCCACCAGUACAGGGAGCAGAUCAAGAGGGUGAAAGACUCAGAUGAUGUUCCCAUGGUGCUGGUGGGAAAUAAAUGUGACCUGCCAGCACGGACAGUGGAGACCCGGCAAGCGCAGGACCUGGCCCGGAGUUAUGGGAUCCCCUACAUAGAAACGUCGGCCAAAACCAGACAGGGCGUUGAAGAUGCCUUCUAUACCUUAGUGCGGGAGAUCCGUCAGCAUAAACUGCGCAAGCUGAACCCACCAGAUGAGAGUGGCCCUGGCUGCAUGAACUGUAAAUGCGUGAUAUCGUGACUAUGCUGACUGGACCCUGACUUGGAGAGAUGUCCAUGUGCAGAGCACAAGGAAAGAGGUGAUGCGAAGGAAGAAACAAAUGGAUUCAGGGGAGGAGUGGAGGGGGAGGGAGAGAGGAGGAAGAGGACGGGAGGAGUGCCAGCCCCUCCAAGGACUAUCUCGCACUUCACCCAGGCCGGCAGCAGACGACUUUCGGUUCUUUCCCCAUCCCCUCCUCCUUUGGCCUCCUCCCACCCCGGCAACUGUACAAAGCUACAGAUUGAAUCACAGUAAAUUAUUAUUUGAUGGUCUCGA